UAAAACAAACAAAAAAUCACCUGACUCUCUGUGUGUGUAUUUCAACUGCUGGCGACGGUUCUGUCCAAAUCAGCUGCAGAAACAUGGCGAGUGCACAGCGAUAUCAAGACAAGGUGGUGAUUGUGACCGGCGGUUCGAAAGGUAUCGGCAGGGGCAUCGUCAAAGUGUUCGUGCAGAACGGGGCAAAAGUUGUUUUCUGCGCCCGGGGAGUUGAAGCAGGUAAACAUGUGGAGGAAGAGCUGAAUAAAGUGGGGCCGGGUUUGUGUCACUUCGUGUCCUGUGACAUGUCUAAAGAAGAGGACAUUAAGACGCUGAUCGACACGACCGUCGAGCGCUUCAGACGAAUCGACUGUCUGGUGAACAACGCAGGCUGGCAUCCUCCUCAUAAACCCACAGACGACACCAGCGCCGAGGAGUUUAAAGAUUUACUCAACCUCAAUCUAAUCAGCUACUUCCUUGCGUCCAAGUUUGCUCUACCGUACUUACGGAAAACGCAAGGCAACAUCAUCAACGUCUCCAGCCUGGUGGCGUCCAUCGGGCAGAAACACGCCGCUCCGUACGUGGCCACCAAGGGGGCGAUCAUCUCCAUGACCAAAGCCAUGGCUGUAGAUGAAAGUCGCUACCAUGUGAGAGUUAACUGCUUUUCCCCGGGUAAUGUGAUGACGCCUCUGUGGGAGGAGCUUGCAGGACAUACAGCCGAUGCCGCAGCUGCCAUUAAAGAGGGAGAGAAUGCACAGCUGCUGGGGAGGAUGGGCACCGAGGAGGAAAGUGGACUCAUGGCUCUCUUCCUGGCCGCCGAUGCCACCUUCUGCACCGGGAUAGACCUGCUCCUGAGCGGAGGAGCCGAACUCAACUAUGGCUUCAAGAGUCAGAUCCCUUAAAACACACACACACACACACACACACACACAAAAACCCUAACGUUUACAUCCUCUGAGUUUUUAACAAUGAAACGAUGAUUACAGAAUGAAUCCAGAUAUUUGUGAUUACUUUUUAAAAUGAUGUUUUAAUUAUUAAUCAUUUAAAAUGUUUUAAUACUUCAAUGUUAUUUACUAACACAGCUAAAUUCCUCAUAAUGACGUCUGUUAAAAAAGUGAAAAUUUUAAUAAAUAAUAAACAUGA